AAAAAAAAAAAAAAAAAGUGCUCAUAAAAAUAUGAGACCAAGAUAAAUCAUUUCAAGCCUUUUUUUUUUAGCUUUUUUUUUUUUCAAACCAUCUUUGGCGAGGCUGGCGGACGGAUCGUGAACCACGCAGCCUGGCACACUUUUCUACGAGCUCGUUCCUGUACGACACGGGGGUCAAACUCGAGGCCCGGGGGGCCGGAUCCGGCCCGCCGCAUCGUUUUUGUGGCCCGCGACACUAAAUCAGGUGUUUCAACUUCCAUGUUUCUUGUUAAAAUCUGUUCCAAAAUGUUGCGAUAUUGCAAGCAUUUUAUUUUAUUUUAUUUUUUACAAACCCCUUUUUAUUGUUACUUGAAGAAUAGCAGAACAAAGCACGAUCCUCGUUUUGUGAAUUCUCCAUUCGUUGUGUAGACGAUGAGGCGAUUUAACAUUGCUACCGUUUCCCAGUCGUGGCGGCCCUCCGAGGAAAGCCCAACUGCAACGCAACCCGUGACAAAGAUGAGUUGGACACUACGACUGCUGUAAGACACACAAUCUUCGAUCCAGAAGCUGUUUUAAAGGUUCGUCCGAUCCGGACCGAUGCUGGAAGGCCGAUUCGCUUUUACUUCGGCGGUCCGCGUCUCAUUGACUCAUUGGAUUGACUUGAAGUUUAACAUAUUCUGUCUCAACUGCGCUUUUAGCUGAUUAAAUAAAAGUUGAGUCAAGUCGGAUAAAUUUGCGAUUUAAAUCCACGUAUGGAACGGGCCUAAAUCGGAUAUGAAAAAAAAAAUAAUUGAAUUGUAAAAAAAAAAAAAUAAUAAUAAUAAUGUUGGGCAAAACAAUUGGAAUUGACCUGCAGGAAGAAGAAGAAGAAGAAGAAGAAGAAGAAGUGUUGACGCAGACUGGAGAGACUUGUCACCUGCAGGUUCAAAGGUUACGGACCACACAAGUACCCGUGAUCAUUACAUGACCACACACGCGCACACGCACGAUGUAACCUGAGUCUCAUUAGUGCGCGACGGAUUUCUGUCAUGUGCUCGCCAUCGCAUUUUUUGUUUGAGAGGAUUUUCUCCAACGUGACAGCCAUCGUACUGGAGCGCCGACGAGUCUCGGUCCGGCGCCGUCGUCUUGGAGUUUGCCGUCGUAGGGUUACUAGUGCGUCGCAUUAGCCUAGCGGUCGGCAGAGGCGGCUAGUAACGCGAGUGACAUUUUCGAUCUAUUGCGCUUGUGCGAGUAGUUUGAAUGCAGCCUACUUUUUGACUUUGACGUGAAGAAGAAUCGAUACUUUUGACUCCGUUCCAAUGAUUGACAUGUCGCUUGCUACUUGUAUUUAUCGAUUAGUGCGUGCGCAAUCUAUUUUUAGACCUGAUCUUCGACUUGCGCGUCGGGCGCCGCUCAGCUCUGCCAUUAAGGUUCCAUUUGUGACUAGUGAGUUGUUUUACUAGUGCGCAGACUUGGGUUGAAUAAAAAAGAAAAUGGGAAUUGGAUUGGAACAAAACGGCUCGCGCACGAUCGAAAUGUGUCAAACUCGCAUCGAUUUUUCUUUUCCAGGGAAAUGACGUCGAUUGACCACAUUUGAAACCCGAGUACGUUCAACAGCAUAGUAGCGUGGGCCAAGCGUGUACUAGUGCAAGUUGUUUAUGGAGGAUAUCUGGAAUCAGAAUGUUGGACAGGGAAAAUGUUACGAGUCCUUCUACACCGAACAACAACAAAAAGUCGUUCAUUCAAGCAUGACGUUGCUCUUGAUUCAAAUGUGGAAAAUAAACAAACAAAUGUCAUACACUGAAAAAAAAGAAUCCUUUGUAUUGACCUAAGUUGAACAUCAUUGAACUCGUCAUUGUGUUUAUUUUGGUGGGGAAAUGACGUCACUCACGUGCCAACCACAGCGUUCUUCAGUGUAGCAAAUAUGGUUUCCUUUUAUUUUUUGGGUGCAGAAAUACACGAAAGGCCUAAAAUAAAAAAAGCCCAACAUUUGCAGCAGAUUUUGUUUAUUUUCCCUCACCACUUUAUGGUGUGUGUGUGUGUGUGUGUGUGUGUGUGUGUGUGUGCGUGCGUGCGUGCGCUCCCGCCGCCCCCGAUUGGCCCGCGUGGCGUUCGCGUCACUCGGCCGAGCCCGCCCGCGAGCGACUCCGCAGCUACAAGAGUCUCCGAGCGGGUUCGGGGCUCCGCAUCAAGUCGACGCCCCCCCCACCCGGCCCCCCCGGUUUCCCCCCCCCCCACCCGUUUCCCCCCCCACCCGGUCCCCACGCGCCGAAGCGCUCUUCUCGCGGCGUUCGGGCGCCACGAUGGAGCUGCCGGAGCUGCGGGCCUUCGCCGACGCCGGCGACGACUUCUACGACGAGCCUUGCUUCGACGCCGACGACGCGCGCUUCUUCGACGACCUGGACGCGGACCCCCGCCUGGCGCACGCGCAGCAGCCGCCGCCGCCGCCCCCGCCGCAGCUUCACCCGGCCGAGCGCGACGAGCACGUGCGCGCGCCCAGCGGGCACCACCAAGCGGGCCGCUGCCUGCUGUGGGCGUGCAAGGCGUGCAAGCGCAAGACCACCAACGCCGACCGCCGCAAGGCCGCCACGCUGCGCGAGCGGCGCCGACUCGGCAAAGUCAACGACGCCUUCGAGACGCUCAAGCGCUGCACGUCGGCCAACCCCAACCAGAGGCUGCCAAAGGUGGAGAUCCUGCGCAACGCCAUCGGCUACAUCCAGGCUCUGCAGGCGCUGCUGCGCGGCGGCGGGGGCGGAAGCGGCGGCGGCGGAAGCGGCGGCGGAGGCCGGGACGCCUUCUACCCGCUCGUCGAGGCCUACGGCGGCGACUCGGACGCCUCCAGCCCGCGCUCCAACUGCUCCGACGGCAUGGCGGACUUCAGCGGGCCGACGACCUUUGACCCCAAAACCUUUCUGAACGACGACAAGGGUGCCAAGUGCGAGCGUGCGUCGGCGGUGUCCAGCCUGGAUUGUUUGUGCAGCAUCGUGGAGAGAAUCUCCACCGACGCCGGCAACAUCGAGGACCCGGCGAGCGGCCCGCGGGACCCCGACCUCAUCUACCAAAUCCUUUAGCGCCCCGCUCGUGUCCUCCGAACAAACGACGACGACAAGAACGUUCACCGGGGCCUCCAAAAUCAACUUCCCGCUCAUCGGGAAAAAGGGUGACAGCGCACAUACGCGCGGCAAUCCGAUCAAUCCACCAAAAAAAACAAUCCAUUGGCGUCAUGACGAGAUGAUGGCAUCGCUGCAAAAUGUCGACUUUUGACAGCGUCACAUUGCGCUUCGAUUGAAGUGUUUCUGCUUGUUUGUAGCGCACGGUGCCAUAUUGCAAAUGUUUUUCAACGCUUCCUGCUAACGGUGAGAAAUAAUGCUAAUCGUGAGAAUCGUCGCGGUCAACGCGAUGUGGUGAAUUUUGCAAAUCGGCAAAGCGCGACAGCGCGUGAUCGCUUGGGAUUUUGCUCCGCGUGCAGCAGCAGAUGAAAGUCGUUGUGAGGGCGAUUUUUGACGGCGAUCGCGAUCGCGCGAUUGUUUUUGGGGGGCGGGACCUGCGCUGACCGUACAUUCCUCGAGGCGCCUCCGACGAGACGAGCAAAACAGAAAAGAGAAAGUAUUUUCUUGGAAAUGGGAAAAGUUGACGCGUUGAUUGUUUGCAGAGGACCAUUUUUUUUUUUUUUUUUUUUUUGUACAUUUGAGCUGAGGUUGUAAAUAAGAGCGUUUGUUCAACGUAUUUAAUGCUUUCCUUUCUUUCUUUGUGUUUGUCGUGAAACAAAAAUGUAAAACUUUAUAUUUAUACAAACUGAGUGACACUCCAAUUAUAAUAAAUAUUAUACUUUAUUUAUACUAAA